CACAACAAUUACAAGUGCCGCAAUCAUUUUGGUAACCUCACCCCAGAGUACAGAAACACAGAUAAAGCCAAACACGGUCUUACAUCAUCGACUUUAGAAGUCAGCACACGGUUCUCAUUUGUUUGUCCCUCUCCUGCUUCUUAUCGCUCCAAUCUAAUCAACGCUUGUGAUCCCCCAGCCGCCGAACAAAAUCCAACCCAUUUCGAUUCCAGGAUCUUGGAAGCAAUGAUUCGUCUCUAAAAGCUUUUACCCACUGUUUCUUGAAUCGCGACAACCAAAAGAGUUUAUCCUGCCCCUUUGAAGGAGACAUAUCCCAAACAGGAACUAGUGAUGCAUUCCAUUUCCUCUCGCCCAACUCCAUUGGCUUCUGAUGGCGGGACAUCUGGACACAUGUCCUCAUCCGUUUCUGGAUACCCCACAGAGGCUAAUUUCUCUUCAGCUUCAGCCCAAGCAGGGCGUCCCGAUAAUUAUCCCUUCAUUUCUCCUUCAUCAAGUGUACAAAGUAUGCAACCAGUUAGUCACCAAAUCGAAAACAGUGAUGUAUUCUGGCGAGCAGAACCGUUGCAGGAUUUCCUUGACUUCCCUGAAAACAUAUCUGCCCAGAAUGGUCAGGUAGAGAGCAGUAUCGGUGUAAUGGCAUCUGAAGAACAUGUCAAGAGAACUGAUUGGCAGGAAUGGGCUGACCAGUUAAUCACCACUGAUGAUGCGUUGGACUCUUGGUGUGACGUCCUUGUUGAUGGAGAUGUACCAGAUCUUAAACCAAUGGUUAUGGAACCGUCUACAGGAGUUUCUGUACCUCAGACACAAGUCCCUCUUCAUCAUCCCAUAUCAUCUGGUGGAAGCCCAUCACCAACAGCUCCCCAGCACAAGGCGCGAAUGCGUUGGACGCCAGAACAUCAUGAAGCCUUUGUGGAAGCUGUCAAUAAGCUUGGUGGUAGUGAACGAGCUACACCGAAGUGUGUCCUAAAGCUCAUGGAUGUUGAAGGCCUGACAAUCUAUCACGUAAAAAGCCACCUGCAGAAAUAUAGAACAGCCAGAUACAAACCAGAGUCAUCAGAAGGGAGGCCUGAGAAAAAGUCGGCUCCUGUCGAAGAGAUUACGUCUCUGGAUUUGAAAAAUCGGAGUAUGGGGAUAACCGAAGCACUGAAGCUGCAGAUGGAAGUUCAGAAACAACUUCAUGAACAACUUGAGAUCCAGAGAAAUUUGCAAUUGCGAAUUGAAGAACAGGGAAGGUACCUACAAAUGAUGUUUGAGAAACAGAAGAAGAUGGAUGAUGAGAGAUUGAAAGCAUCCUCCUCCAAUCCCAAUGAACCACCUAGUCCAUUACCAACUACGGUGGUGCCAGCUUCUCUUCCCAGUGAGGAUUCAACGGCCUCAAAACUUGAUAAUGUCAAGACAGGAAGCAGCGGAGCUAGUGCUACCACAGCACUGGAAGUAACUCCUCAUGAUCCCGAUGCUAGGGGGUCCAGCCCUCGACCUACAAAGCGUGCAAGAGGAGAUUAAACAGAAAUUAGACCGCUAAGCAGGCAUCUUCAUUUGAAUUUGUGAAUAGGAAAAUUCGUCCUGUUACUACUGUGUUAGGCAAUUUUUUCUUUCCCGAAUUGCUGCCAUUGGUUUGGUAGAAUGUACUUUUCUGCAAAACUUCUUUGUACAUGCUUGUGAAUGUAUAUACCAGAUGGAAUUGUUCAAGGAAUUCUGUGUCAUUUUAUGCCUUGCUUUCUAUGACAAAGGAGAUUUUGAACAUA